UGAACAUCAGCUGUUUGGAGCUGCUGGGGGUCAUUUCGAUGUCCUGCUGAAGGACCAGCAGGAUGACUGGAGUGAAAGAGGUUUAAAACCUGUAUUAAGUAACACUUCAUAUAAGUGGAGCUGAUAUCAACACUUGUGUUUGAAACUCUGUGAAACACACAAACUGGACAGGAUAUAUUCUGUUUUCGCCGCGCGUCAGGUUGGCGAUCUGUCCGAGGUGCACCCCGCCUCUCGUCCCGUGGUAGCUCCAGCUCCCCCACGACCCAUAAAUAAUAAAUAUUUUAUUUAACCUUUAUUUAUACAGGUAGUCCCAUAAUAAAUGUUACUCUGCUCUUAUCUCAUGUGUUUGGGUUUAUCUUACAGAAAUGCUGCAGACUGAACUCGCUGACUGCAGGGAGUUUCACUUUCUGACUCCGCCCCUUCUCUGCAGGUAGUCACCAGGUGGACAUCAGAGUGGGAGGGGACACCAUGAUGGCCCGCCUCCUGAGGACGACAAUUUCAGCCUUCAACAGCUCGUCCACCCUCAAUAUCCAAAGUGAUAACCAGGAGUGCAUGUCCCCCCCCUCCACCCUCUCUGCUGAGGUCUAUGUGAGAUGUGUGUGUUGUGUCCUGCUGGUGGCGCUGUUCAGCUGCCUUCAGAUUUACACCAACCGGCUCCGGCAUGUCAUUGCUGCCUUCUACAACCCCAAGGUAGCAUCAACCUGCCGAGAACUGCAGAUGAAACCAGUCUUCUCCUGUAGUUUAAACAGAGAGCAGACUCUCAGCCACCUCCUCUGACUCCUACGGGGUAAUGCUCAUGUUUGCAUUAAACGAUAAAGCACCUCGAGGCAACUGUUGUUGUUUCUCAGGUCAGCCAACAUGCCCCAGGCAUGUAGGAGACAUCCAGGAGGUAUGCUACAAGAUGCUGAACCACACCAACAGGCUCAACACCACCACACCCUUCUAUGAAGCUCCUUCGGUUGGAGGGAUGCUUAAAACAAAACAAAAGAAUUAAAAUUAAAGCAAAAUAAAUCUCUGUGAUUUUGUGAAAGCUCCGACAUAUUUCCACACUGUUGGAGGACUCUAAUAUGUUUGCAUGUCUUUGCUUGAAUGGUUAAUAAUACAGCCUGGUUCAACCUGUGGACGUCACAUCAAACAGGUGACAGGAAGUGUUCAAAUCCACUGAAGAGUUAUCAUCUGUGUGUGUUGGUGUGUCUUUAUUUUAUUUUUUAACUUUUUAUGCAUGUUUUGGGAGGUUUAUUUUUCACCGUCUUACUUUACUGCCUGCCUUCAUUCCCACCAGAGAUGGG